CUAGGAACCUCUGGUUACGACUAUUACCAUUCAGAUGAUUUAAUCAAAGUUGCCGAAUGCCAUGAACAAUUGUUGACUGCGGGCGAAGGAUCAUCAUGUUGUUAUAGAUUUCUAACAAAAGGCAGACAAUGGAUUUGGAUGAAAAGUAAUUAUUAUAUAACGUAUAACCAAUGGAAUUCCAAACCCGAGUUUAUUGUUUGCAGUAACAAAAUAAUAAGGUACGGAAAAUCAGUACGGAAAUAA